GCGUUUUAAAAUGACAAGGAUCAUGGUCUUUUUUUUCCUUCUUUUUGACAUGUCCAACCUGGCAACAAAUCCCCCACGAGCAUAUCAUGUGGCAAAAGAUCAUCCUUUAGCUUUGUGUUUCUUGCUGUUCACAGCAAAAAAAAAACAAACAAACAAAGAAUGUCAUUUUCAUCACUCGCUGAACAAACAAGAAAAAAUGGCAGAUGAAUAAGUAUUUUAAAGUUUCUUUAUCGAAGCAGAAAAAGAAAAAGGUUAUCUUGCCCGCCAG